AUGGCAGGCUAUAAAUCCCUCGUUCCCCAGUUUCCACGGGGACCCAUCAGCAAUUUCUUUAAAACCACAGCCAGUGCUGGCGGAGACCGCGGUGGGCACGUGUUGGGUGCCACAGUGAACUCACCCGCUCGGACCCUGAGGGUCCCCGACGGAGGAGUGGACACACACUCGGCUCCCUGGGGACGCUCUCGCCCAGACUCAGCCGUCCAGAUGCAGGUGGAACAGAAGCUGGUCAGGGACACCCCCCACCCCCCGGGCUCCCCGCAGCUGAGGCCGGCCCGGCCGAGCGCACUGCUCCCCGCCGGCCCGGAGCCCCGCCGUGUCCGCCCCACCCAGCCCUCCUACCCGCCUGCCGCCGGGGCGCCGCACCGCUGCUCCCGCUGCUCCUGCGCGUCCGGCUCUGCGCGCUGCCCACGCUGCUCCAGCCACCCUGAGCCCUCUGGCCGCGGCGCGCCAGCAGCAAGUUUCCAUAAAAGUCCUGGUGCGCAGCCUGCUCCCGCAUUCCAGACGGGCCCAGCGCCCGCUGCAGCUGUUCCGGGACGCCAGGCCAGUCCCCAACCCCCACCGCCGCCGCAGCUCUCCGAGACGGGUGGAGAGUCACCCAGAAAGAAGAGGGGCGGUGGCUGCCACUCCAGGCUGCCUCCUGGCAACCGGCCGCCGCUGCACUGGGGUUCUCUACCUGCCCUAGUAGCCCAUAAAAACUCGGUGCCUUUGACCAGCUUCUCCCUUUCGACUGCUGGAAUGGGGCGGCACUGUGGCAACAGUGGAUGUGGUGCUCCUCCUUAA